UAAGCCCAUAUGCCAUACAUUACCACCAACCACCUCUUCCUCACAAACCCUCUCAUUCUUCAUUACCAAAUCUUGAAGACACAAAGAUUUACAUACAAACAAUGGCUUCAACUGCUUGUGCUUCUUCUGCCAUUGCAGCUGUUGCUUUUUCUUCCCCAAGUUCACAGAAAAGUGGAUCUAUUGUUGGAUCAACAAAGGCUUCUUUUCUUGGUGGGAAGAAACUGAGAGUUAGCAAGUUGGGUGCACCAUCCGGUUCACGAUCAUUUGGAACCGUUUGCGCUGCGGCUGACCCCGAUAGACCCAUUUGGUUCCCUGGAAGCACCCCACCAGAAUGGCUCGAUGGCAGCCUACCGGGAGACUUCGGGUUUGAUCCUCUUGGUCUAGGAUCUGAUCCCGAGACUUUGAGAUGGAACGUUCAAGCAGAACUAGUACACUGCAGAUGGGCUAUGUUAGGUGCAGCCGGGAUCUUCAUCCCCGAAUUCCUGACCAAAAUCGGAAUCCUAAACACUCCUUCAUGGUACACUGCUGGUGAACAAGAAUACUUCACCGACAAAACCACACUAUUCAUCAUUGAGCUUAUUUUCAUUGGCUGGGCUGAAGGAAGAAGAUGGGCUGACAUCAUCAAACCCGGGUGUGUUAACACCGACCCCAUCUUCCCCAACAACAAGCUAACCGGAACAGAUGUUGGGUACCCAGGUGGACUAUGGUUUGACCCACUCGGCUGGGGAACCGGUUCACCUGCAAAGCUCAAGGAAUUGAGGACAAAAGAGAUCAAGAAUGGAAGAUUGGCCAUGUUGGCUGUCAUGGGUGCAUGGUUCCAAGCCAUUUACACUGGAACCGGACCCAUUGACAACCUGUUUGCUCACCUUGCUGACCCGGGUCACGCUACCAUUUUUGCUGCAUUCAAGGGCUAAACUGCAUGAAAAACUGUUGGCAGGAGGAUUGAUUAUAAGGGUUUUGGGCCAAGUAAUGAUCAUGUUUGUGUAUUAUUAGAAAUCCUAUCUUAUCUCUACUGUAGAAAAGCUAAUGCAAUGUACAAAUACCUCUUCAUUAAUUUCAACUCAAAAUGCUGCAUAUAUAUAAGCUUGAAAGUCA